CAAAAGACAUCGCCGGCGGUGAAAGUGUAGAUGGCCGAUGUACAGUGUUAACUAAUUUUUGAUAAAAUUUUUUUUUCAAUUGCAGACUCGAGAGCGUGGUGCUAUGUCUUCAGGAAUGACUGGACAAACACCGUGCUUAAGUAGCCGAUGGGAUCAGCCCGCCCAACCUACACAGACUGUAGCUGUUCGGCAGCAGGGCAGCGAUGGAAAUGUCGCUCAUUGUGUCUCAUCAGCAUCAGCCACAACCACAGGCUCCAACACUGGUGUUUCUUAUGGUCAGCCCCCUCACUCAUCUCCUGGGUCCGUGAUACCUGAAGGGGAAAAGCCAGCACCUCAGGGAGGAGUUGAAAUGGCUGCGGCCAUGGCUGCGAAAAUCAAUGCCAUGUUGAUGGCGAAAGGGAAACUGAUGACUCCCCCACCUUUACUUGCAAAGACCACUCCAAAUGUGCCAGAUCCCACAACUACAGAAGAGAUGGUGGUUACAGAGGUGGACAUAAAUGAUGUACCAAUAAACUGUAGGGACCUGCUUACGAAAGGCAAAACACAGCAGGAGAUUCGCCGAUGUAGUGGAGCUGCUGUCUCAACAAAAGGUCACUACAUGUUGGAAACUGAGAAGGGAAAAGGAGUAGAGAGGCCUUUGUAUUUGCACGUACAGGGAAAAAACCAGGAGCAGGUGGAUAAGGCUGUGAUGAGGAUAAAAGAGAUUAUCUCAGAGGAUUUGUUGAGGGCGUCGGCAGCAUCAGGACAGCAGGUGCCCGUGAUACCCCCUCUCACAAUCUACCCCCAACCCCCACGGGCCGUCAUUCCACCAUCGGUGCCACGGACACCCCACACUAAUUCAGUGUCAACCCAGGGACAUCGUCCUGCAGCUCCACAUUCAGGGAGUUUUGUGCAUACAAAGAUCUUUGUUGGUCUGGACCAGGCGUUGCCCUCAUUCAACGUAAAUGAGAAAGUUGAGGGUCCAGGUGGGUCUUACCUGGGUCACAUCCAGACAGAGACGGGUGCGAGAGUAUUCCUCCGGGGAAAGGGAUCUGGCUACAUUGAACAAGCGUCAAAACGAGAGUCCUUUGAGCCUCUUUAUGUCUACAUCAGUCACCCAAAUGCAGCUGGUUUGGAGGCAGCAAAGAAGCUCACUGAAAGUCUGCUGGAAACUGUGAGAGCUGAACACAGCCGCAUGAUGUCCAUCUACACAGCCACCGGCUCCACCCAACCAUACGCAGCACAUGGAUUUCCACCUAAUAGCAAUUACUCUAGCCAGGGAUCCUGGUAUAACUACCCAGCAAAUGGGUAUGCUGGCAGCUAUUCAGCGUACCCAGGAGCCAGUGGUUAUUGGAGUAAUGCAAAUGGUCCCCCAAGUCAUUCUAACCUGUCGACAACUCCUCAAUCUUCUCAGGCAAUGGUUCAGUAUCCUGUGUGUCCUAGGAAACCGCAUCCGUAUAUGGUCCAGGAUCCUGGGAGCAGUGACACAACGGAACCUGAAGGAUCCUCAAGCAGUCCCCCAGAGUCAGGAAGUCCAAAACGCCACUUCCAGGAGGCGGCUGAGAAAGAACAGUCUGCCAGCAGCUCCUCUGAAGCCCCUGCUACUCAGGAGUUGCCACUUCCCACCUUCAGCGUUGCAGAGGAGAAAGGACAAGAAAGUAUGCUGAUGCCUCCACCGCCGCCUCCCAUUGUGGCCCCUCUUUCUGCUGCACGCAAACGGCCGAGAGACGCCUUGCCGGAACCUCCAGCCAAAAUGCCUUGCAACACCGCACCAGUGGGUGUUCAAGAGGUGUGUGAGAAGAAAUGUAAAGUGCUUGAGGAUGCGUCAGGGCUAGUGCCAUACGGAGGAGAUUCCUCCGAUGAAGAGGAGGAGAGGACACGCAGCAGUAAGACCGCUAACUCAUAACCACCCCUCCUAAAUCUCCCUCAAAUCUCUCCCACUGCAUUGGCCACCCACAGUCCAGAUUCUAGAUCUUUGUACAUCAACAAAGCUCUCAAAACCAAGAACCCCUUCAGACAUGACUGCAGUUCUAAAGUAACUGACACAUUUUCAUUAAAGACCCUUUUUUAUUUCAAUUCUCAAAAUAUAUUUUGUCCAUAAAUGAGUCCAGUCUUUUGGAUUUCCAUCACUUGCUUUGCACCAGUUGCUGAUGAUGAUAGAUACAUAUACAUAUUGUAAGAUUCAGCGGAGCUUUUUUCUUAUCUUGGAAAAUGGUGUAUGCCUGUUCCCAUGGAAUACUGUAAUAAAAAAAAUUGAAAAUCAUGACCUCUGUCAUACAUUUUCAUGUUUUGUUUUGUCUUUUUUGCAUUUUUUACCAACUUUUUUUUUUGUAUUGUAAUAAACGGUCUUUGACACAGUUUCUUCUGGAAUAAUUUUUUAGUUUUCUGUCUUUUCAGUGAUGGUCUUCAUACAAAGUUCUAAAUUACACUUAAAACCAUCUAUG